AUGGAGCGCACGGCCUGGGCUGCGCUAUGCACUUCCGGCCCCAGCCUUCUCCCACAUCUCUCCAGCAACCCGGUGAUGAUAUUUCCUGGAGAUCUCAUACUUACAUCGGUCUCCACGCCGACGGUCCAGGAGAUGCUGCAGGGCCCGGAUUUUAUACCGUGGGACAGGUAUACACUUCGCCACGAUGAGGUUAUUAUCUUGGGCAGGGACAGCGCAUUGAUUUAUUACCGCGUGGAAGCGACGAGGAACAAGGAGACCUUUCGCGCCAUUUGCUCCAGUGCAUGGGUCCUGGAGGGCUCUCAGGGCCAUGAGGGUGGAGCCUGGAAAAUGGCAAGUCACCAGCAGACGUUGAUUUAA